AAUUUCAACGAAGGUAUUAAUCGGCGUUGAUUGGGGUAGCUGGUCGAAAAACCCCAGUCUGGCUGCGCAAUGUGCGCUGUUUUAGCAAGAAGCUCCAUCCCAAUACGUCAUAAAAUUUUGCAUUUCCUCUCUAUAAAUACCAGUCGAGCGUCUGAAGGAUUAUUGCAGUGAAUUGCAAACACACUUCUGCAAACUGCAGACUCUAUACACCUUAUUUGUUUAAGCAGGAAAAAUGGCAAUGAGCCCAAAACCAAGCCAUAUAAGCUUUGCUGCGUUUGUAGUGCUCAUGGGAUUCGGGAUGAUGGCUUCUCAGACCAUGUCCCGCUCGCUGCAGGAAACGUCCAUGCAAGAGAGGCACGAGCAGUGGAUGGCUCGCUACGGGCGCCGAUACAACAGCAGCGCCGAGAAGCAGAGGCGUUUCAUGAUAUUUAAAAAGAGUGUGGAGUUCGUUGAGAAGUUCAACAGCGCCGUGAAUCGGUCCUACACCCUCGGCGUCCACCAAUUUGCGGACCUAACUGAAGAAGAGUUUCUGGCCACGCAUACUGGUUAUAGUAUGCCCUUCGAUAAAAUGUCAACCGAACCGACGCCGUUUAGGUACGAAAGCAUGACUGAUGUCCCAUCCCGCAUCGAUUGGAGGGAGAGAGGAGCAGUUACUUCGGUUAAGCAUCAGCAUGAGUGCGGGUGUUGUUGGGCAUUUUCGGCAGUAGCAGCUAUUGAAGGAAUUAUCAAGCUCAAAUAUGAUAAAUUGAUCUCUCUCUCCGAACAACAACUAGUAGAUUGCAAUACAUACGGCAUGAGUAGAGGGUGUGGAGGUGGUUGGAUGAAUGAUGCAUUCAAUUAUGUUCUACAAAACCAAGGAAUUAGCAGCGAAGAAACCUAUCCCUACCAGGGAUUUGAUGGAAAUUGCGACACUCAGAGGGCAGCCUCUCCUUCAGCCAAGAUUAGUGGGUAUGAAAAUGUACCUUCAAAUGACGAGGCAUCACUGUUAAAUGCAGUAGCCAAUCAACCAGUUUCUAUCACGAUUGAUGCUUCUGGAGAAUACUUCAUGCAUUACAAUGGUGGGAUAUUUCGUGGUCCUUGUGGUUCUGGGCAUAACCAUGCUGUCACAAUUGUUGGGUAUGGAGUGGAAGAAAAUGGAGCCAAAUAUUGGCUAAUUAAGAAUUCAUGGGGUGAGCAAUGGGGUGAAAAUGGCUACAUGAGGCUGCAAAGAGAUUAUGAGGAUCCAAGGGGCCUUUGCGGCAUUGCCAUGUAUCCUACUUACCCUACUGCAUAAGUUAUAUGAAAAAGAUCCUUAGAUCAUGAUCUAAUUUGUCCACUACAUUACCUUUAUAUUUCUUCUUAAUUUGUGCACUGUUUUGUGUGUUUGAAAUUUCUAAACAAAGUAAAUCGAGUUAUAGAAGUUAUUCUAUUUGUAUCCUGAAUUAAUUUUCCUAUUGAAAUAGUUGGAAUAAAGGGUUCCUUAGUUUUGUGGA